GGCGGGGGGGUGGGUAGGGAGGGCGGGCGGCCCGGCGGCCUUCUCUUCCACCGCCCCCCCAACCACCACCCCCCCGCCCUCCCCGGUGUCUGUUUCUCUCUCUGGUCGGAGGCGGCGGUAAUGGCGGAUGGUGGGUUGUGGCGCCGGCGGCGGCUGCUGUGAGGGACGAUGAGUUCCUCCUUCGUGCCGAACGGGGCCAGCCUGGAAGAUUGUCACUGUAACCUCUUCUGCCUGGCUGACUUGACGGGAAUUAAAUGGAAGAGAUAUGUAUGGCAAGGCCCAACUUCUGCCCCUAUUCUGUUUCCGGUGACAGAGGAAGACCCCAUUUUGAGCAGUUUUAGUCGCUGCCUGAAGGCAGAUGUACUUGGUGUUUGGCGGCGUGAUCAGAGACCUGGAAGAAGAGAAUUGUGGAUAUUUUGGUGGGGUGAAGACCCCAAUUUUGCUGACCUUAUUCACCAUGACUUAUCAGAAGAGGAAGAUGGAGUGUGGGAGAAUGGACUUUCCUAUGAAUGCCGAACUUUGCUUUUCAAAGCAGUUCACAAUCUGUUGGAACGGUGUUUAAUGAACCGGAACUUUGUACGUAUUGGCAAGUGGUUUGUGAAGCCUUAUGAAAAAGAUGAAAAACCUAUAAAUAAAAGUGAACACUUGUCCUGCUCUUUCACCUUUUUCUUGCAUGGAGACAGCAAUGUUUGUACCAGUGUGGAAAUUAAUCAACAUCAACCUGUAUACCUUCUUAGUGAAGAACAUAUCACCCUUGCUCAACAGUCUAAUAGCCCAUUUCAAGUUAUCUUAAGCCCAUUUGGACUAAAUGGCACUCUCACAGGACAGGCAUUCAAGAUGUCCGAUUCAGCUACAAAAAAAUUGAUUGGUGAAUGGAAACAGUUCUAUCCUAUCUCAUCUUGUUUGAAGGAGAUGUCUGAAGAAAAACAGGAAGAUAUGGAUUGGGAAGAUGAUUCUUUAGCUGCAGUAGAAGUUCUUGUUGCUGGUGUCCGAAUGAUCUACCCAGCAUGCUUUGUUCUAGUCCCUCAGUCAGACAUUCCUACUCCUAGCUCUGUGGGAUCCUCUCACUGUUCAGCUUCUUGCUUGGGUGUCCACCAAGUGCCUGCUUCCACAAGAGAUCCUGCUAUGUCUUCGGUUACUCUUACACCACCUACAUCUCCUGAGGAAGUCCAAACAGUUGAUCCUCAGUCUGCCCAGAAGUGGAUCAAAUUUUCUUCAGUAUCUGAUGGCUUCAGCUCAGAUAGUACUAGCCAUCAUGGUGGGAAGAUACCCAGAAAAUUAGCAAAUCAUGUGGUGGAUAGAGUUUGGCAAGAAUGUAAUAUGAACAGAGCACAGAACAAGAGGAAGUAUUCGGCUUCAUCAGGUGGUCUGUGUGAAGAAGAGACAGCUGAUAAAGUAGCAUCCUGGGAUUUUGUUGAAGCCACACAAAGAACAAAUUGCAGCUGUUUGAGACACAAAAAUCUCAAACCUAGAAAUCCUGGACAACAAGGACAGGCACCAUCUUUAAGUCAGCAACAACAAGUACUUCCGAAGCACAAGACCAAUGAAAAGCAAGAAAAGAGUGAAAAACCACAAAAACGCCCCUUGACUCCUUUUCACCAUCGUGUAUCUGUUAGCGAUGAUGUUGGCAUGGACACAGAUUCAGCCAGCCAAAGACUUGUGAUCUCUGCUCCAGACAGUCAAGUGAGAUUUACAAAUAUCCGAACUAAUGAUGUAGCAAAGACUCCUCAAAUGCAUGGCACUGAAAUGGCAAAUUCACCUCAACCACCCCCACUUAGUCCUCACCCCUGUGAUGUGGUUGAUGAAGGAGUGACUAAAACACCCUCAACUCCACAAAGUCAACACUUUUAUCAAAUGCCAACACCGGAUCCCUUGAUUCCUUCUAAACCAGUGGAAGAUGGGAUAGACAGUUUAUCCCAGUCUUUCCCAGCUCAAUUCCAGGAAGCUGUAGAACCUACAAUAUAUGUUGGUACAGCAGUAAACUUGGAAGAAGAUGAAGCUAAUAUAGCCUGGAAGUAUUACAAGGUCCCAAAGAAAAAAGAUUUAGAGUUUUUACCACCUCAACUUCCAAGUGAUAAAUUCAAGGAUGAUCCAGUUGGACCUUUUGGACAGGAAAGUGUAACAUCAGUUACAGAGUUAAUGGUGCAAUGUAAGAAACCUUUAAAAGUUUCUGAUGAAUUAGUGCAGCAAUAUCAAAUUAAAAAUCAGUAUCUUUCAGCAAUAGCAUCUGAUUCAGAACAAGAACCUAAAAUUGAUCCAUAUGCAUUCGUUGAAGGAGAUGAGGAAUUCCUUUUUCCUGAUAAGAAAGAUAGACAAAAUAAUGAAAGAGAAGCUGGAAAAAAACACAAGGUAGAAGAUGGGCCGUCUAGUGUUACAGUGUUAUCACAUGAAGAAGAUGCUAUGUCAUUAUUUAGUCCCUCUAUCAAGCAAGAUGCUCCCCGCCCUGCUGGUCAUGCCCGACCUCCAUCAACCAGUUUGAUUUAUGACUCAGACCUGGCUGUCUCUUAUACUGACCUUGAUAAUCUUUUUAAUUCUGAUGAAGAUGAACUGACACCUGGAUCUAAAAAAUCGGCGAAUGGAUCAGAUGAUAAAUCCAGCUGCAAGGAAUCAAAGACAGGAAAUCUGGACCCAUUAUCUUGCAUAAGCACUGCAGAUCUUCAUAAAAUGUAUCCUACACCACCAUCAUUGGAACAACAUAUUAUGGGAUUUUCCCCAAUGAAUAUGAAUAAUAAAGAAUAUGGUAGUAUGGAUACAACACCUGGAGGAACUGUUCUAGAAGGAAAUAGUUCUAGUAUUGGAGCACAGUUCAAAAUUGAGGUUGAUGAAGGAUUCUGUAGCCCAAAACCUUCUGAAAUUAAAGAUUUUUCUUAUGUGUAUAAGCCUGAAAAUUGUCAGGUUCUAGUGGGAUGUUCCAUGUUUGCACCUCUAAAAACUCUACCAAGCCAGUGUCUGCCUCCUAUCAAAUUGCCAGAAGAGUGUAUUUACCGUCAGAGCUGGACUGUUGGAAAGUUAGAAUUGCUUUCUUCAGGGCCUACAACGCCAUUCAUCAAAGAGGGUGAUGGAAGUACUAUGGAUCAAGAAUAUGGCCCUGCUUAUACACCUCAGACUCAUACUUCCUUUGGGAUGCCUCCUAGCAGUGCACCUCCUAGUAACAGUGGAGCAGGAAUUCUUCCUUCUCCGUCUACCCCUAGGUUUCCAACUCCAAGGACCCCAAGGACUCCAAGGACUCCUCGUGGAGCUGGUGGACCAGCUAGCGCUCAAGGUUCAGUCAAAUAUGAAAAUUCAGACUUAUAUUCACCAGCCUCCACCCCAUCCACCUGCAGACCCCUUAAUUCUGUUGAACCUGCAACUGUUCCUUCCAUCCCUGAAGCACACAGUCUUUAUGUAAACCUCAUUCUUUCAGAAUCAGUUAUGAAUUUGUUUAAAGACUGUAACUUUGAUAGUUGCUGUAUCUGUGUUUGCAACAUGAAUAUCAAGGGUGCCGAUGUUGGAGUUUACAUUCCAGAUCCAACACAGGAAGCACAGUAUAGGUGUACUUGUGGCUUCAGUGCUGUCAUGAACAGGAAGUUUGGCAACAAUUCAGGAUUAUUUCUAGAAGAUGAACUAGAUAUCAUAGGACGCAACACAGAAUGUGGCAAAGAAGCAGAAAAACGUUUUGAAGCUCUCAGGGCCACUUCUGCUGAACAUGUUAAUGGAGGACUAAAGGAAUCCGAAAAAUUGCCUGAUGAAUUGAUACUAUUGCUUCAAGAUCAGUGCACUAAUUUAUUUUCACCUUUCGGAGCUGCAGACCAAGAUCCCUUUCCCAAAAUUGGUGUAACUAACAAUUGGGUACGUGUUGAAGAGCGGGACUGUUGCAAUGACUGCUACCUUGCAUUAGAACAUGGGCGUCAGUUCAUGGAUAACAUGUCAGGAGGCAAAGUUGAUGAAGCACUUGUGAAAAGUUCAUGCUUACACCCCUGGUCCAAAAGAAAUGUAGCUGCCAAAGUGUGUUUUUAUAAACAUGGAGUUCUAGAGCGCUGGCUUCCUGCGGCAGAGGAAAGAAAGAAAUGCAUGUUGUACAAAAUAAAUGUGAGUGUGCAGUGCUCACAAGAUAUACUUCGAAUGCUCCUAUCACUUCAGCCAGUUCUUCAGGAUGCUAUUCAGAAAAAAAGAACAGUAAGGCCUUGGGGGGUUCAAGGUCCUCUCACUUGGCAACAAUUUCAUAAAAUGGCUGGCCGAGGCUCUUAUGGAACUGAUGAAUCCCCAGAACCACUGCCAAUCCCCACGUUUUUGUUGGGUUAUGAUUUUGAUUUUCUGGUGCUUUCUCCAUUUGCUCUCCCUUAUUGGGAGAGACUUAUGCUAGAACCCUAUGGAUCUCAAAGAGAUAUAGCCUAUGUUGUACUCUGUCCAGAAAAUGAAGCCUUGUUAAAUGGAGCCAAAAGCUUUUUUAGAGAUCUUACUGCAAUAUAUGAGUGUUGUCGAUUGGGUCAACAUAGACCUAUUUCUCGAUUAUUGACGGAUGGGAUCAUGAGAGUUGGAUCUACUGCAUCAAAGAAACUAUCAGAAAAGUUGGUAGCAGAAUGGUUUUCUCAGGCAGCUGAUGGUAACAGUGAAGCAUUUUCUAAACUCAAGCUUUAUGCACAAGUCUGCAGAUAUGACCUAGGUCCUUAUCUUGCUUCCCAGCCAUUGGACAGCUCUUUACUUUCCCAGCCAAAUUUAGUUGCCCCUACAAGUCAGUCUUUGAUUACACCACCUCAGAUGACAGGUACUGGAAACGCUAAGACUCCGUCUGCCACCCCAGCAUCUACAGUGAGCAGCACUAUGACAGUGUCUUCAGGUGUUGCCGUGUCCUCUUCAGUUGCCACAGCUAACUCAACCUUGACUACAACUUCAACUUCAUCUUCGUUGUCCUCCAACUUGAACAGUGGAAUGUCAUCAAAUAAACUGCCUUCAUUUCCACCUUUUGGCACUAUGAACAGUAGUGCUACGGGAUCCAUGUCUACACAAGCAAGUACAGUUCCGAAUAGCCAGCUAGGAGGGCAACCUCCAUCAGCUCUACAAACAGCUGGCAUUUCUGGAGAGUCGGCUUCAGUUCCCACUCAGCCACAUCCUGAUGUGUCUGAAAGCACAAUGGAUCGAGACAAAGUGGGCAUUCCCACAGAUGGUGAUUCACAUGCAAUCACUUAUCCACCUGCAAUUGUUGUUUAUAUAAUUGACCCUUUUACAUAUGAAAAUAAAGAUGAGAGCACUAAUUCUUCUAAUGUAUGGACUUUGGGGUUACUUCGAUGUUUUCUGGAAAUGGUCCAGACUCUUCCUCCUCAUAUUAAGAAUACUGUUUCUGUACAGAUUGUUCCCUGUCAGUACCUGUUGCAACCUGUGAAGCAUGAAGAUAGACAAAUCUAUACCCAGCAUUUAAAAUCUCUGGCUUUUUCGGCCUUUACCCAGUGUCGAAGACCACUUCCAACAUCAACCAAUGUGAAAACAUUGACUGGUUUUGGUCCAGGUUUAGCCAUGGAAACAGCUCUUAAAAGUCCUGAUAGACCAGAGUGUAUUCGACUUUACACACCUCCUUUUAUCCUGGCUCCAGUGAAGGAUAAACAAACAGAGCUAGGAGAAACCUUUGGGGAACCUGGACAGAAAUAUAAUGUUCUUUUCGUGGGCUACUGUUUAUCACAUGAUCAAAGAUGGAUUCUUGCAUCUUGCACAGAUCUAUAUGGAGAACUUUUAGAAACUUGUAUCAUUAACAUUGAUGUCCCAAACAGAGCUCGUCGGAAAAAAGGGUCUGCUAGAAGAUUUGGUCUACAGAAACUUUGGGAAUGGUGCUUAGGACUUGUACAGAUGAGUUCAUUGCCAUGGAGAGUUGUAAUUGGCCGUCUAGGAAGGAUUGGUCAUGGAGAAUUAAAAGAUUGGAGCUGUUUGCUGAGUCGUCGAAACCUGCAGUCUCUAAGUAAAAGGCUGAAAGACAUGUGUAGAAUGUGUGGUAUAUCUGCUGCAGACUCUCCUAGCAUUCUCAGUGCUUGCUUGGUAGCAAUGGAACCCCAAGGCUCUUUUGUUAUCAUGCCAGAUUCUGUGUCAACUGGUUCUGUAUUCGGAAGAAGCUCCACUCUAAACAUGCAGACGUCUCAGCUUAAUACCCCACAGGAUAUAUCAUGUACUCAUAUACUUGUGUUUCCAACUUCUGCUUCUGUGCAAGUAGCUUCAGCUACUUAUACCACCGAAAAUUUAGACUUAGCUUUCAAUCCCAACAAUGAUGGAGCAGAUGGAAUGGGUAUCUUUGAUUUAUUAGACACAGGAGAUGAUCUUGACCCUGAUAUCAUUAAUAUCCUUCCUGCAUCUCCAACGGGUUCUCCUGUUCAUUCUCCAGGAUCUCAUUACCCCCAUGGCGGUGAUGCUGGCAAGGGUCAAGGUACUGAUCGACUACUUUCAACAGAAUCUCAUGAUGAAGUAACUAAUAUUCUUCAGCAACCAUUGGCUCUUGGUUACUUUGUAUCAACUGCCAAAGCGGGUCCCUUACCUGACUGGUUCUGGUCAGCAUGUCCUCAAGCACAAUAUCAGUGUCCCCUUUUUCUUAAGGCCUCUUUGCACCUCCACGUGCCUUCAGUGCAAUCUGACGAGCUGCUUCACAGUAAACACUCCCACCCACUUGACUCAAACCAGACUUCAGAUGUCCUCAGGUUUGUUUUGGAACAGUACAAUGCACUCUCCUGGCUAACCUGUGACCCUGCAAUCCAGGACAGACGCUCAUGUCUCCCAAUUCAUUUUGUGGUGCUGAAUCAGUUAUAUAACUUUAUCAUGAAUAUGCUGUGAUCUUCAUUUGAUGGAACUGUGCAAGAAAAGAACAAGGAAAAAGAUUUUGCUGCAACAUUAAGUUACAGUUAUCUUCUCAGUGAAAGUCAUUUGUGAUGGGGUCUAAUUCUUAUUACUUCAACAAAUAUUGUUUUGACUUGGGGGGAGGGGCGAUAACCCUGUUAUUUUUCAUUGACUAUACUGAACUCUUUAGGAUGAUGACUGAUCGAUCAUACACAACGUAUUAUAACAUUUUCGUAGCAAAAUUAACCUUUUUUUUUCCAGUCACAGUAUUUGUGAAAAGUAAUGAGCCAUAGUACCCAGUCAUGUUAAAUGAAUAUUAAAAGCAUGGAGAAGGAAACAUGAGGAACAAUGAAUUUCAACAUAUGGCUUCAGAACAUCAAGAUGUUCUUGUAUCGGAUUAUAGUAUCUAGUAUUCAAAAAUGCCUGCAUCUCUUAUUUAUUGUAAGUUUUUAAAUGUAUAAAUUGUCUUAUAUUUCUUAACCUCUUUUAUAAAAAUUUUCCUAGAAGGUUUAUACUGCCUUCUUGCUUUAAAGCAAUUGGUCUAAAAUAUAUGUAAUCGUCUUAAUUAAAAAGUUGCAGUAGGGUUGCUUUUAGAGUAUUAUUUUUUUGUAAGGGGGUGGGUGGGACAGUAAAUUUGUAUUGUCUUGAUGUACAGUUUAAUGGGGAUAGAGGGGAAAUAAUGUCCAUACCAUUGUGUGUGGAGGAUUUACAGCUAAGCUGUAGUUGCAGAGUACAUGUACAGUAAUGAAGUUCACUGUGUUUAUAAAUUGAAAAGGUACCGGGUCUUACAACAUUUUAUAUCGAUCACACCUUUACAGAAUAACAUGAUGGCAAUAUACAAGUGAUAUUGUUAGGUGGUUUAACUUAGAAUAAAAAUGAGAAUUCUUCAGUUAUAUUUUGUACUAUGGUUUAGGGCUAUGACUAAUAUUUCAGGCCAUUUCCAGUGAAAGAAACUUAGUUUUACAAGAAAAACAUUUGCUACUGAAUGCUUAAACUAAUUUUGGUGUUUAAUGUUACAUGCUUAAAAUUUUUUGUUUGUUUUAACAGUGGCACCUCUAGGCAUGGGAGUAUUAUUAAUUAUGAAAAUUAUCUUCAGGAUCUGCUAUAGGUUGAAAUUUAGCCCAGCUCUAGGCAUUUUACAAAUUAUUUUAAGAGCAGUCACUCUUGAUUGUUUGACUUUUUUUUUUUAAUUAAAGAUUGGGAAUGUGUGUGAGAGUAUGCAUAUGUAUGGGUGUGUGUGUGCAAUCAAACUGUGGUGUAAAUAGAUUCUCAGUGAAUUCUGGUAUUCAGACUAUUCCACUAGUUAAAGAACCAUUUUCUAAACUUAACCUGUUUCCUUUUGCCUUUUUUAUUUAUUUAAUUUUCUUGGUUUGGAGAUGGCAGUCCCAAACACCAGAGUCUGUACUUUUCUAUAACACAGCUCAGAAAAGGCAGGGCAUAUGCCAAGGAGGUUCUCACCUCCCUAAAGAAGGGACUUGAAUUUUAGGGACUUUAAUUCACCCCUUCCUUCAAUGCAGCUUUCCCUCUUCUUGUUUGCACAUGCCAAGAUAACUGCUUUUAUGCAGCCUUUAUCCCCUUAAAAAAUCCUUUCUACAGUGCUGCUCACAAGAGAGUCCAAGUUAGCCUCCUACCUGUGUAGCUGACUUGAAUUCACAGUCGCCAAGUCUACCUGUCUUUCUUGGAAGCAGUCUAGCUAAAUUCUGAAUUUGUAUGUUCACUAAUUCUCUACAAGGACAAAAUGGAUUGUAUUUACAAAACUGUAAUUUGGUAUGUUUUGUUAUUUUUUUUUUUAAACUGAAACUUGUUUUGUAAAUACUAUAUGCUUAGCUUAAAUAUCACUUUCUUAUGAAAAAUAUAACUUCUUCAAAUUGUGUAUAUUAAAACAUUAGCAAGUCUUGUUUUUCCUAUAGAGAAAACACAAUUGGUAACAAAGGUUUUCAAUCAUUUGUUCAAAAUUAUAAUGCAAUCCCAGUGGUCAGCCUAUUUUUGAAGUGAAAAUUUAAAGGUCACAUCUGUGCAUUUGUUCUUAAAUUAUGCUAACACACUACAGAUUAUGUUGGCAUGUUUUGUUCUGUACUUAAAAAAAUACUUGUCUGAGAUUUGAGGGGAAAGAUGCUUAUUUGAAAUUUGUAUUAAAAUGGUAUUCUUUUUUAUAUAUUUUAUUAUCUCAGUAGUGACUCUUUAAAAAAUAUACUCUCAGUUGUUUAAAAUCACUAAUCUAUAGUAACCACACCUCAGUUUGAAAACAUAUUUUUAAAAAAUUAUUCCCUGACAGUUUCUUUUAUAUGGAGCCAUAAGAAAGGAACCCGUUACAUGAUUCCUUUUUAUCUGGGAAUCAAGGAAUAGUUCCCAAAUAUAUAGGAUUUACUGAUAAGAUUUUUUUCUUCCCUUCAUAUAUAAAUUCACACUCAAAUGGAAAAUUAUUAAAUAGCCAUUCGAAAAGGUCAGGAAACUUGUUUCAGAAAAAAAAAAAAAGUAAGCCCUUUGUGCAGGAUGGCGGAUCUGACUUACUAGUGUAGUCACAGACAAAUUUUGUUUAAAUAGGUAAGCAAAGUAAUAUACUUUAUACCAGUUGAUCACCAACACCAUGACUUCUUUGUUACAGUGCUAAUGUCUGUUUUUUGUGCAGUUAUCCAUUACAAAGCAGGGUGGGAGUUGAGUAUUUUGGCAUUUUAAAGGAUUAGUUAUAUAAUGUCUGCUUCCAGCCAGUGAGAAACAUCUAGCCAUACCUUUCUUAUGCAAGCCAUUCAGUUAUCAGGACUGUGAAUUAACACUGUAUGAAUAAAUUUCUGUACACCUUAUUGUUUGGCCACAAGGCCACCAAGUGUACUUAUAUGUAAUCCUUAAAUUUUAAAGUAGCUGUAAUUUUUAAAUCUUUCUAACUUUUCUUAAACCACUAAAAAUUAAGCUCUUACUACUUAGUCAACUAUCCUCAGCUGUAUUCGUACUCAAUUGUCAGUAUGGCACAGAUUACUGUAUUUAAAUAUUCUCCUUUCGUCUUCAUAUUUACCUUCUGAGGUAAUUUUUUAACUUAAUGUGUUACUACAAAGAUUUGCAGAUCUUUAAUCAAGCACUAUGUUAAUACUGUAAUAUCAAAAUACUAUGUUGCGUUAUUUAAAAUGUUCAAAUUGAAUACAUUAAAACGAAGUUUUUAAAUGCUGUUGCAUCAUAUAAUUUGCUACUCAUCCACUAUGGCAUCACAUAUCAGUCUAUUAAUACAUUUAAUGUUGCAUGAGUGAUGUUUUGGUCUGGGUUUCCUUUAAGACUUUAGUUUGUCUAAAUUAAGGAAAAAUGUUUUUGACAUAAAAUUCUUUUGCUUCCCUGCAACCCUCAAAAAAAUACGCUAGAAAAUCUUAACCAUUCAGUUUUUCUUGAUGUUUUAAUGGGCCCAGAACUGUGGUUUAAAUUUUUAUAUAUGUGUUUUCUUUUUUGUGGAGUAUUAAUUUAAAACUGGAUUUGGGACCUAAAAUACUCCUCAGGUUGAUGUAUUCAUGAAGUUUUAAAAUAGCUUUAGUUUUCAGAGUAAACUGGAUUUGUGGACCUUAAAGUUACUGAGUUUAAACUAUAAAUUGUAAUGUCAUUACUGGACAUGUCAGCAUCAACUCUCUCAAAAUAGCUUGGUCACUUUAUGAAGGGGCGUUUUAAAGUUGUUUAGCAGUGACAUUUAAUAUGGUCCAAUUGCUUUUUUUUUUUUUUAACGUGACAAAAAAAGAAUAAGGAACAAACACUAUUGCUGCCGAAUGCCAUAACACUGAGUUGUACAAAUUGUGAUUGAGGAAAUGAAAAGGUUUAUACUUUUUAAAAAAAAAAAACAAAAACAAAAAAAACUUCAAAUGGAAUAAAUUAUUCAUGAAGCCUUCA